CCCCCUCCCCUCCCCUCCCCGCCACCGUCAUGGCUCGAGAGGUGUGAGCGCGGCUUCUCGUCGGUCGGUGAUCGUUGUGAGGAACAUCCCUCGACAGGCGAAGGGCAGCCAGACCGCGUUUGUUGGGUACGAAGGGAGAAGGAACUGCCAUGCCGGACCAGAUCACAGUGUCGGAAUUCGUGGCCGAGACGAACGAGGAUUACAAAUCUCCGACUGCCUCCAGCUUCACCACCAAGAUGAGCCAGUGCAGGAACACAGUGGCUGCCUUGGAGGAGGCACUGGAUGUGGAUCGUGGAGUAUUACAAAAGAUGAAGAAAUCUGUUAAAGCUAUUUACACAUCUGGACUAGGGCAUGUAGAAAAUGAAGAACAAUACACACAAGCAUUGGAGAAGUUUGGUGGUAACUGUGUCUGUCGUGAUGAUCCUGAUCUUGGCACAGCUUUUCUGAAGUUUUCAGUCUUCACAAAAGAGUUAACUGCAUUAUUCAAAAACCUGAUUCAGAAUAUGAACAAUAUCAUCACUUUUCCUCUGGAUAGCUUAUUGAAAGGAGAUCUGAAGGGAGUUAAAGGGGAUCUUAAGAAGCCUUUUGAUAAAGCCUGGAAGGAUUAUGAAACAAAAGUUACAAAGAUUGAAAAGGAGAAAAAAGAGCAUGCCAAACAACAUGGUAUGAUUCGUACAGAAAUAAGUGGAGCAGAAAUUGCUGAAGAAAUGGAAAAAGAGCGGAGAUUUUUCCAAUUACAAAUGUGUGAGUAUUUGCUUAAGGUCAAUGAGAUCAAGAUUAAGAAAGGUGUUGAUUUACUGCAGAAUCUCAUUAAAUACUUCCAUGCACAAUGCAACUUUUUUCAGGAUGGCUUGAAGGCUGUAGAAGGUUUAAAACCCUCCAUGGAAAAGUUGGCGACAGAUUUGCAUGCUAUCAAGCAGGUGCAAGAUGAAGAAAGAAAACAGCUCGUUCAGCUUCGGGAUGUACUUAAAGCAGGACUUCAGGUUGAACAAAAAGAGGAUUCGCAGGUUCGCCAGAGCACCAUGUAUAGCUUGCAUCAACCUCAAGGAAACAAAGAACAUGGAACAGAAAAAAGUGGUGCUUUGUAUAAAAAAAGUGAUGGACUUAGGAAAGUGUGGCAGAAAAGGAAAUGUACAGUAAAAAAUGGUUAUCUAACAAUUUCACAUGGAACAGUUAAUAGACCACCGGCAAAGCUCAAUCUACUUACAUGUCAGGUGAAAGCAAAUCCUGAAGAGAGAAAAUGUUUUGAUCUCAUAUCACAUGAUAGAACAUACCAUUUUCAGGUGGACGAUGAGCAGGAAUGCCAAGUCUGGAUUUCCGUUCUGCAGAACAGUAAAGAAGAGGCUUUGAACAAUGCUUUCAAGGGGGAUCAUAAUGCAGGAGAAAAUAACAUUGUCCAGGAAUUAACAAAAGCAAUUAUUGUAGAGGUGCAGCGGAUGACCGGAAAUGAUGUGUGUUGUGACUGCAGAGCACCAGAUCCAACGUGGCUAUCUACUAAUUUGGGAAUUUUAACAUGCAUUGAGUGCUCUGGAAUUCACAGGGAACUGGGAGUUCAUCAUUCCAGAAUACAAUCCCUUAUGUUAGAUGUAUUAGGGACAUCAGAACUCUUGCUAGCUAAGAACAUUGGGAAUGCAGCAUUUAAUGAGAUUAUGGAAGCUGGUCUGUCAUCAGAUGGAACUGUCAAACCUAAUCCAAAUAGUGAUAUGGUUGCCCGAAAAGACUACAUUACGGCUAAAUAUAUAGAACGGAAGUACGCAAGGAAAAGGUCCACUGACAAUGCUGCCAAACUUAGCUAUCUCUGUGAUGCAAUUAAAGCAAGAGAUAUUUUUGCAUUAAUUCAGGUGUAUGCUGAUGGUGUCGAUCUUACUGACCCAAUACCUUUGGCAAAUGGACAUGAACAAGGAGAAACUGCACUACAUCUUGCGGUAAGAUUAGUGGACAGAACAUCACUUCAUGUAGUUGACUUUCUAGUACAAAACAGUGGGAAUCUUGAUAAACAGACUAACAAAGGCAGUACAGCAUUACACUAUUGCUGUCUGAAUGAUAAUGUGGAGUGUCUUAAGUUGCUUUUGAGGGGCAAAGCUUCCAUUGAAAUAGCCAAUGAAGCAGGGGAAACACCACUUGAUAUAGCUAAACGCUUAAAACAUGCUCAGUGUGAAGAAGUGCUUAUACAAUCAUUAUCAGGAAAAUUCAAUGCACAUGUGCAUGUAGAAUAUGAAUGGAGGUUGCAUCAUGAAGAUUUGGAUGAAAGUGAUGAUGAUAUUGAAGACAAGCAAUCCAGUCCCAAUAGACCCAUCAGUUUCUAUCAAUUAUCAUAUCAGUCAGGAGUAAACCAGCUUCAGCCUCCAGCAUCUCAUGCAGUGCUGUCAAGAGAUUCAACCAUAAAAGACAAGCAGCGACCAUUCAUUCCAAGUAUACUAAAUAAUGAGACAUAUGGAACUGUACUGAGCUCCAGCCCUCCUGCUCCUGUAACGAUUGCUCCUCCUCUUCCGCCAAGGAACAUCAACAAAGCUCAACCUUUGGUUCCUGGUAUUCAGACAACUACAUCAUCAAGUGUUUGGAAGUCAGCACCAGUUGGAAUGGAUACUACAAGUAGGCAAAGAUCUGCUUCAGAUCCUCCAAAUCUUCAUCCACCUAUACCACCAAUCCGGGUGACAUCAGCAACAGCAAAUCCUUCACCUCCAGCUCCAGUGGCAAAAACUAACAGUGUUAUUGAAGCAAUGAGCCUACAGGUAAAGCAGUCGCAACCUUCACAGCAGCAACCAGGUUCUCUGCAAGCUUCCCAGAACAAAAAAACACCCCCGCCGCCACUGCCUCCACAGCCACCACUUCGCACUUCACAACAGAAAUCAUUGUCCAGUUCUGAUCGAACAUCCACACCCAAAAGACCAUCAACAGUUCUUGGAUCAAUACAAGCACUGCCUUCAGGUGAUGCUUCUGUGACAUCUGAAGCUGCACCAAAAAAGCCAGGGCAUGCACCUAAUUCAGCAAAUUUAAACAAGGCUCCAGCACCAAUGCCACGGAAGUCUCAAAUGAUGAAGUCUAAGCCAAGAAGAGUAAAAGCAACUUACAACUGUAGUGCAGAUAAUCCUGAUGAGCUCACUUUCUCAGAGGGUGAGAUUAUUGUUGUUGAUGGUGAGGAAGAUCCAGAGUGGUGGAUUGGCCACAUUGAAGGAGACCCAAAGCGAAGGGGUGUAUUCCCAGUAACAUUUGUGCACUUCAUUCCUGACUAAGCUCUUUCAGAAGUGGAAAAAAACAAUUUGAUUAUGGUACCAUAUCCUGAUGACAAGGAAUGCAUCUUUUAGCAGGAUAGCCAAAUCACUUCUUAGAUGGAGGAUGUUAUAAAUAUCUAGUUCUGAAAUAUGUAUUCUUGUUGAAGUAUUUGCACUUUCAAUACAACUGGAGAUUCAUUUUUAUAACACAUAGACUUAUGUCUGUAAAUUCACUAUGGUGCAGGUAGGUACUUGGGAUGGAAAGAAUGCUAUUUUUAGAUAGCGAGUAGCUCACAUCACUAACUUAAAUGUUGAAAUAUGUAGCAGCAACAAUGAAGCAAAAUUGGAAAACACAGGUAGUGAUUAAAAUGAUAUAAUUCACAAAUCAGGUAAUAAAUUUAGAAAGCAUGCUGUUUUUGUGAACUUCAUAAUUUCCAUAAAGCCUUAAAGCAUUACUAUAAAUCUGAAACAGUAGCUGUUUCCAUACUGGUUUUAAUUUAAACCUGUAAUUUUCUUAAGUAUUCAUGAACACAGGAUUCUAAUGAUGUAAAUAUGAAUAUUUUUCAAUAUGCAGCUAAUGAACAGCAAUAAUAUCCAACAUAGUUGUUAUUCAAGGGAGAGAAAUUAGCGAUGGAAAUUCAGACAUUAUUUGGGAUCCUUUACGUAUUCUGUUGCAUCAUAUAGUUUAACAAAAAUUGUGUUUAACUAGUUAUAUCAUUUUAAAAAAAGAAAUUCAGUGUUGUACAGGCUUUUUUUUUAAAGUCUGCAUAGAAUUAUUGAUUUUUAUUAAGGACAAAACUUUUCAAGAAAAUAAAUUUAAAUGUGUAGUGUAAACCAUUUCUAGUAACCUUCAUCUCAGACAUUUCUUGCAGUGGUCUUUCUGGCCUGUUAUUGAUAAUUAGUAUUUUAACUUAUUAGAUGUGUUAAUUUUCUUUUUAAAAAGAUGCCCUGAAUUCCAAUGCAUAGGAAUGCAAAAAUGAAAAUUAUUUUGGACUGGCAAUAAUAUUAACAAUUGCAGCCUAUCAAAUUUAAUUAAAUAUUUCUGUAAUCAUUAUCCAAAUGGAGAAAUUAACCUUUGUAUGUAAUACAAAUUAAUACUGAAGAUGUUGACAUCAUUCAGCUCUAUUACUUUCUAUGUGUGAGUAAAAGGAUCAUAAAAAUGUCUGGACAGGAUAAAUAUUGCUAUCCUAUCUCAUGUCAUUGCCUGUGAGUAAUAUUUAGAGCCGUAAGACAAAAACUAUUUGGGAUAUGGUGUAAAAUGAAUACAAAUAUGACAAACUUGGUAUUUGUUGCAGAGCAACACUAUAUAUAUUGUAAAUGUUAAGUCCUAUAAUACUUUUACAUUUCUUUGCAAUGAUUGAUAAUUAGAGCAUGUGUAAUGUACUGUAUAUCUCUGUUUUAACAUUGGAAUUAAUUCAGAAAUAAAGUUAUUAAACCAAAGCCUGCUUCAGAAUGCAGGUCUAUUUCUCAUAAUUUGAAUGAGACCUAGUUCAUUUGCUAUUUGAAAAAACAGCAUCUGAUGAAAUACUGUACAAAGUCAAGAUCUAAAGUGUUUAAAAAUCUAACCACUGUAUCAAGUUAAGGCAGCUUUAUUUGUUAGCUAUCAUUUUGUUAAUCAGUACAUAUGCACAAAAUCAGUUCAUUCCAUUAAAGACUGAAAUUGA